AUGCUCAAUCCAUUUUCAAUCUUUACGCAGGCCUUUCCGCCACGGCCGCAGUUCACCGAGACGGAGAUUCCCGAUCUCUCCGGGAGGGUCUGCCUAGUAACCGGGGCAAACACGGGGGUUGGCAAAGAAGUCGCGCAGAUUCUCUUCUCGAAAAAUGCCACCGUCUACAUCACUUCCCGCUCCGAAGACAAGGGCCGCGCCGCCAUCCUCUCCAUCAAGGAAGCCGUGCCCAACUCGACCGGAAAGCUGGACAUCCUGACUCUGGACCUGGCUGACCUCACCACCAUCAAGCCCGCAGUCGAUGUCUUCCUGGCCAAAGAGUCUCAGCUCCAUCUUCUCAUUAACAAUGCCGGCGUCAUGAUGCCACCCCAGGGCAGCAAGACCGUCCAGGGCUAUGAGCUGCAACUGGGAACGAAUUGCGUUGGCCCCUUCCUCCUCACCCAGUUUCUCACGCCAACGCUGGUGCAGACGGCUAAGGCGGCACCCGAGGGCAGUGUUCGUGUUGUCUGGGUUUCUAGCUCUGCUGCUGAGCUUCUGUCGCCUUACCCCGCAAUUGAGAUCGACAACCUCGACUACUCCAAGAGGGACAGAAUCAAGGAGCUCAAGUACGGAAUCAGCAAGGCCGGCAACUACUUCCACUCCACAGAGUUUGCUAAGCGGCACAAAGCCGACGGUGUAAUUAGUCUGGCCCUGAACCCCGGAAACCUCUCUUCGGAGCUGGACCGCCACAUCACCGCCCUCAUUCCGACAUUGUUCAGAAAAGCCACCACAUACCCCGCCGUUUACGGCGCAUACACCGAGCUCUUCGCAGCGCUCUCUCCAGAGGUGACAAUCGAAAAGACGGGUGGCUGGGUUGUUCCUUGGGGUCGAUUUUACGACAUCAGGGAAGACCUCGUGCUGAGCUCCAAGUCUCGUGAAGAAGGCGGAACUGGGCUUGCCGAAGACUUCUGGAAGUGGACGGACGAUCAAGUGAAGAAGUAUCUUUGA